AUGCCAACCACCUUAAAGAUACAUAGCAACAUGAGAUGGCACCUCAUCUCAGAAGUGCCACUUCGAAUGAAUGGUAUCACUUUGGACAAGAGUAUCAAUGAAGAUGUCGCGGGUCUUGGUCUUAUAAUGGUGGCUGCUGUGAAAGCCAAGGCGAAAGAAACGAUGAAAGCCAUUACAAAACUCAAGGUGUCCCGACCAGAGCUGAGAAUUGCAUUGAAUGACUGUUCUGAUAGGUACAACGCAAUUUUGGUGGGUGAUGUACCAGAAGCAGAGCAGGCUUUAAGAGGGAAUCCUAAGUUUGCUGAAAAUGGCAUGGCGGAUUCAUCUAUCGAAGCUGUUGCAUGUGAGGAAAAUUUCAAGAAGGUUAAAUCACCGUUAACGGGAUUCAACAACAAGAUGCGUGAUCUCUCUGAUGUUGCGAGAGCCAUUAUUAGAAAUUUACUUUGAUUGCGUGUGUGAUGAAUUGCAUUGGACAGAGUAAAAAGAAAUAUAUUCUGUCUUCCAAAAAUAAACUAUGGAUUGUGAUAUGAUUUUCCCAGUAAUGGCUAAAAUUAUGGCUUGCUUU